AUGGCAGCUCUGAUUGCUGAGAACUUCCGCUUCCUGUCCCUCUUCUUCAAGAGCAAGGAUGUGAUGAUUUUCAACGGGCUGGUGGCCCUGGGCACAGUGGGCAGCCAGGAGCUGUUCAGCGUGGUGGCCUUCCACUGCCCCUGCUCGCCGGCCCGGAACUACCUGUAUGGGCUGGCAGCCAUCGGUGUGCCCGCCCUGGCACUGUUCCUCAUCGGCAUUAUCCUCAGCAACCACACUUGGAACCUAGUUGCCGAGUGUCAGCACCGGCGAGCCAAGAACUGCUCGGCUGCCCCCAUCUUCCUGCUCCUGAGCUCCAUCCUGGGCCGAGCAGCUGUGGCCCCCGUCACCUGGUCGGUCAUCUCCCUGCUGCGUGGGGAGGCUUACGUCUGUGCCCUCAGCGAGUUUGUGGACCCUUCCUCACUAACCACCAGGGAAAGGCGCUUCCCACCAGACCAUGCCAGCGAGAUCCUGGCCAGGUUCCCUUGCGGGGAGGGCCCCGCCAACCUGUCAGAUUUCCGGGAGGAGGUCAGCCGCAGACUCAAGUACGAGUCACAGCUCUUUGGGUGGCUGCUCAUCGGCGUCGUGGCCAUCCUGGUGUUCCUGACCAAGUGCUGCCGGCAUUACUGCUCACCGCUCAGUUACCGCCAGGAGGCCUACUGGGCGCAGUACCGCGCCAACGAGGACCAGCUGUUCCAGCGCACGGCCGAGGUGCACUCACGCGUGCUGGCCGCCAACAACGUGCGCCGCUUCUUCGGCUUCGUGGCGCUCAACAAGGAGGACGAGGAGCUGGUGGCCAAGUUCCCGGUGGAAGGCACGCAGCCGCGGCCACAGUGGAACGCCAUCACCGGCAUUUACUUGUACCGGGAGAACCAGGGGCUCCCGCUCUACAGCCGCCUGCACAAGUGGGCCCAGGGUUUGUCGGGCAAUGGCACGGCCCCCGACAACAUCGAGAUGGCCCUGCUCACCACCUAA